GCCCUCGGGAGGAUCACCUUCUUCUUGGGAUUAUUUUGAUAUUCUACACAGCUUUCUCCAUACUUAUAAACAAAACAGCACCCGCGAUUUGAUGGAUGAGGUGAUUGGUUCCGAUGAUGACUACUGCGAUGCUGAGUAUUUAGAUGAAGCGUACAACCCGGAGAACGACACAUUCGCUCAAUCUAUGUUUAUGUCACCUUCUGCGCCGACAUCAUCAGUAUCAUCGCCAUCACCAACACUGCCAUCAUCAAGCCGCAGGCAUUCCGCUCCUAAAAAGAGAAAACAAAAUGUGCAGGAAAAAUUGUUGGAAUUGGCUAUAAAAGAAAACGAAAAUAUGGUUACUUUUAUGGAGCAUUCAAAGACUACAGAUCUUCAAAUAAUCGAGCUCAUGAAAGAAAAUAACGCGUUGAUGAGCAAGCUGGUCGAUAAAAUUUGAAUUGUGUACUUGGAAAUUUGAACCAAAUAAAACAUGUUCAAAAAAUCAAA